GAGCGGGUUUGAGAUCGGCUGGGCCUAGCAGAGAGUGACCCAGCCCUAACGCCAUUAAAAUUGGCUAACAUACUGGAACCGGUCCGCAAUACCAGGCAAAAAAGGGGAGAGAGGACUCUCCGGUGAGGCGGUGCAGCGGUGCAGUGAAGCUAAAGAAAGAGAAGAUCGGAGAAUCCACCAACCAACCAAUCAACCAAAAGAAAGACAACGAAUAGAGAUGUCAAAAGUCCUGCAGCAGCCAAUCGGGCAAAAGAGGCUAACGAACGUGGCGGUGGUUCGAUUAAAGAAGCAUGGUAUUCGGUUCGAGAUUGCUUGCUACAAGAACAAGGUCCUCUCUUGGCGGUCUGGCGUAGAGAAAGAUUUGGAUGAAGUUUUGCAGUCACAUACUGUUUAUUCAAAUGUUUCCAAAGGAAUUCUUGCCAAGUCCAAGGAUUUAAUGUUAGCCUUUAAAACUGAUGAUCAGACCAAAAUAUGUCUUGAGAUAUUGGAGAAAGGGGAGCUUCAAGUUGCUGGCAAGGAGAGGGAGUCUCAGUUAUCAAGUCAGUUUCGGGAUAUAGCAACCAUUGUUAUGCAGAAAACAAUCAAUUCUGAAACUCAACGCCCUUACACUAUUAGUAUGAUUGAGCGACUCAUGCAUGAAAUUCACUUUGCUGUUGAUCCACAUAGCAGCUCCAAGAAGCAGGCAUUAGAAGUUAUUCGUGAGCUUCAAAAGCACUUCCCAGUGAAGCGGUCUCCAAUGAGAUUGCGACUUAUUAUUGCCGAACCAAAUCUCUUUACUCUUCUGGAAAAGUUAAAUGCCUGGAAUGCUAACAUUGUUUCAAAGGAUGAAUCUGGAAGUCAGAUCUCAGUUAUUUGUGAAUUAGAUCCAGGUUUCUUUCGGGAGUGUGAUGUCAUGGUGAGGAAUCUGCAGGGCAGGCUGGAAAUUCUUGCAAUGUCUGUGCACUUUGAAGGGGACACCAGUGUAGAUGAUUAUGAUGACCAUGAAGAUGUGCAGCCAAGCCUACCAAAGGAGUCUACUGAUUCUGUGGCCCAACUGAGCGAGAAAUUGCAAAAGCAGGCAGUCUCUACUGAAAAGAAUACUGAGGAGGAGGUAAAGCAACACAAGUGCAACACAUGCAAUGUAUUUGUUGGGGAUGCCAAACAGUACAGGGAUCACUUUAAGAGUGAGUGGCACAGGCAUAACCUGAAGCGCAAGAGCAAGCAACUCCCACCUCUCACUAAGGAAGAAUGCUUAGCAGAUGUGGACUUGGAUGACUCUAGAGCAGAUUUAAAAGAUUACUCAUUUUGAGGUGGGACUGAGGUAAAUUUGAUCAUCGUGUGUAGAUUGGCAUCGCCUUAUACAUUUUUGUCCAUGUUCUAUGCCGUAAUCAACUAGCUUGUGGAAGUUGCAAACAGGGAUCUUGUUAUGUAGUUGGUCUACAGAAAGCACAUCUGAGUUCUAUAAUAAUUAUUAUUUUUUUCA